AUGGAGAAGCUUAAUAAGAUGGCCGCGGAGUUGGACGAGGAGAUCACCAGAGACUUGGUGAAUGUUUUGGUCAAGGCAAAGAAGCUCGAUGAGAUAUGGGGCGGAGCACAUCAACAAUAUCAGAACGCGCUAGAUACUGUUGCACGUGAGCUUGGGCAAACCACGGCCUCGUACUCGUUGACAGUCAGAGCCUUCUUGGUGUCGACAUCGAGGUCCGAGAUCAGAUCUGUGAGAACGAGUGAAGAGCGUGACUUGAGUCCAACUCAGCCGGUAGAACGCGGCGGCGACUAUGCCUAG